AUGUCUCCAUCACGAACUUCCCAGCAUCGCUUCAGGUGUCGGUUUGCCGACUGCCCGUCCAGCUUCCAGCGCAAAGAGCACCGCAACCGGCAUGAAAGCCAGCAUACGGGCGCAUUAGCCCGCGCCUGUCCGCUUUGCGCCCGGACUUUCUCUAGAAGUGACUCCCUCCGUCGCCAUAUCCGCCUCGACCACGCCAACCCCCAAGCGCCCACCACGACAGGGACGAGUUCAACCCGAACAUCGCAAGCCUGUCGCCGCUGUCGUCUGGCCAAAACCCGCUGCGGCGGCGGCAGUCCAUGCGAUCGAUGUCGCGCCCAGCCGCAUCUUUGCAUCUACGACGAACCCCAGAGACAGCAGCAACAAUCCCAGCAGCAUGAACAGCAUGAACAGCAUGAGCAGUAUGAGCCGCAUGAGCAGCAUGAGCAGCAUGAGCAGCACGAACAACUUCAGCCACAAGACCAGACGCCGCCCUGCUCGCCCCCGUUCCCCACCGUCGAGCCCGAUCCAACCGCCCGAUUCACCCCCUACAUCCACCUCUACUUCACCCACUUCCACCCCCACUGGCCCCUCCUGCACCGCGCGACCUUCAGUGCCCCCGAUGAGCCCCUCCUGCUGUUACAGGUGGUCUCCAUGAUCGGUCUCUGGGUCAGCGACAAGCCCUCGGCCCGCGAAGCGGCCAUCAAUCUCCACCGCAAGAUGGGAUCCUCGAUCCUAGCCCAGCAGGAUAAAUGGGCACGUACCCUCCCCUUCAACACAGACGCGUGCGACACCAACAGCCACCCCGUAGAACCUCUGCAGCAACAGCAACAGCAACAGCAGGAACUCAUCUCGCACUGCCCCGUAGCAACCUACCAAGCCAUCCUCCUAUACCUCAUCUUCUCCCUAGUACAGACCAGCAGCCGGCCUCGCGCCCUCGAUCUCAGCCUCGCCCUCUCCCCAUCCGACCGCCACAUCCUCUCCGUCCUCGUGGACACCUGUCGCCGGAAUCGCAUCUUCUAUUACCCACGCAUGCUGCAGCGGUAUCACCGGACGAUCAACUCUGUUACUUGUAUCUGGGUGGGCGUGGAGGAGCUUAAGCGGCUUGGGUUGGCUCUGUACAAGGUCUCGCGGCUGUGUGGGGAGGAUUUGGGGGUUGAGGUGGGCGAGAGUGAGGGCGGGGCCACCGUGCUGACGCUGUCGGAUUUGCAGUUCCCUGUGCCGGAUAGUCGGCGGCUUUGGGAGGCGCAGUCGAAUCCUGAGCUGGCGCGGUUGUUGCAGAUGGAGGCGUGUAGUCGUGGUGGUGUUGGGGUACAGUUGGAUAGUCGGGAAGAGGGGAAUUGGAUUUCCACGUGUGGGCGGUUGUUGGAUGGUAAGGUUGAGAAUUGGUGGUUGUGA